AUGGCUAAGAGUUCUGAAAAUACAUCUUAUUCUACACUAUCUACUUCAAGUAAUAUCGAAUAUACCUACCAAGAUAACCAGCCAAAUAAUAAUAUUAUACCACCUGUCUCAAAUAAUAUUAAAAAUGCACAACAAAGUAACCAACCAAAUAACAAUACACAACAAAGUAACCAACUAGAUGACAAUACACAUUUAGUAAAGCGUAAAAGAUCUGAAGAAUUUGAUGAUCUGUUUGUAAAAGCCAACCAAGAUGAAAACCUGUCAAAAUCUAAUAAUACUGCUCAAAAAAAUUCUAUACGUAAUCGCAAGAAAGGUAAAGAAACUACAACUCGAACUACACGCAAUGCUGAAAAAAAACAGUAUAUUGUUAACUCAUUUACUGAAAUUCAAGAUUCUGACAAAGA